UUCCAUCAUCUCAAAAGCCCUAAGUCCUACUACAAAUUAGUCUUGAGGCCUGAGCCACCCACAAUUUCAAAAUGGCUAAGCCUUCCCUGCUCUUUCUUUCUCUUGCCUUUCUCGCGCUCGUCAGUGGCUGUCUAGCACGCCAGCUUACGUCGCAGACCCCGAAUGAGUGCCAACUCCAGCAGCUAAAUACCAUUGAGCCCACAAACCGGGUCCAGUCUGAAGCUGGUUUAAUCGAGUACUGGGACCCAAGAAGCCCUCAACUCCAGUGCGCUGGUGUGGCCAUGCUCCGUGUUACCAUUCAACAAAAUGGUCUUUACCUGCCAACUUAUAGCAAUGGCCCCAUCAUGGCCUUUGUUGUCCAAGGUCGAGGUGCCACGGGAGCCGUGAUUUCAGGAUGUCCCGAAACGUACCAGUCAUCUCAAGAAUUUGGCCAAGGACAAUAUGGACAACCAGGCCAAUUUGGACAACCGGGCCAACGAGGACAGCAGGCCCAACAAGGACAGCAGGCCCAACAAGGACAGCAGGGCCAACAAGGUCAGCAGGGCCGUGUGUUCAGAGACAUGCAUCAGAAGAUUCGACGCAUCCGAAAGGGUGAUGCCCUCGUGUUCCAAACCGGCGUGGCUCACUGGUACUACAACGACGGAAAUUCUCCUCUCGUUUUAGUUGCCAUGGUUGACGUCGGCAACCAGGUCAACCAGCUUGACAGGAUUCUAAGGACAUUCCGCUUAGCCGGCAGUAACCCACAAAACCCUGAGCAGAGCUUGUACGCAGGCUUCGACACUCAAAUCUUGGCACAGGCCUUCAACAUCAGACCUCAAACCGCAGAGCAGCUCAAGAACCUUGGAGACAAGAGAGGAAACAUCAUUAACGUCCCACAAGGGCUUCGUUUUCUCGAGCCUCAACAACAGGCUGGCCAAGGUGGACGAUCAGCGCCACCCAGAGUUUUCCUCCAAAGGAACGCGAUGGUGUUACCGCACUGGAACUUGAAUGCACACUCAUUGAUGUAUGUGACUGGGGGACAAGCGUGGGUGGAAGUAGUGAACAGCAGGGGCCAGAACGUGUUCAGGGGUGAGGUCCGGCAGGGUCAUCUGUUGACGGUGCCGCAAGGUUUCGCCGUAGUGAAACGGACUUCGUCAGAUCAGGGAGUUGAGUUUAUUAAUUUCAAGACAAACGAUAACGCCGUGAUUAGCACCUUGUCUGGGCGGUUGUCGUCUAUAGUUGGGUUGCCCGUAGAUGUUGUGAGCCAUGGGUUCGGUUUGUCGAGGGACGAGGCGUGGCAGGUCAAACACAAUAGGCAAGAUGGCAUCUUGACUGCAGUCGCUCCUCAGGGUCAGGGCCAGGGCCAGGGGAGAGCUGAUGAGUAAUUAAUUAAUAACAUAUGCAUGUAUCUCAUGUAAAUUUUAAUAAAACGUGAGGAAUCGUGAGUUUGCUCUUUUGUUUUUC